CACUCGAACUUAACUUCUUUUUAGCAUCGUUUAUCUGCUGUGUCUCGUCCAUUAUUUCUGAAUGUUGUCGAUGUUUUAGCAGCAAAAUGUUGAACCCUGCAAACGGGGAAUCGCUUCAAGUGGUUACAAAUUAUGUUGAAAAGUAUUUGGAUCUUGUGGAAUCACUACCGCUAGAUCUUCAAAGAUGUGUUUCCUUAAUGAAGGAAAUUGACGCCAAAUAUCAAGAUAUUCUUAAAGAACUAGAUGAUGCAUAUCAGAGACACCGACAGGAGUCAGACGCUGUACAGAAACGCCGAGCCCUUCACUGCAUCCAGAGGGCCCUGAUCCGAACUCGGGAGCUCGGAGACGAGAAAAUUCAGAUCGCUGGGCAGAUGAUAGAGAUAGUGGAGAAUUGCAGUAGGCAGAUAGAAUGGCAGGCAGAGCUCCUCCAGGCUUGUCAGGGUUCACCUGAGACUGCAGUUCCAGUGGGCAGCCCUUCCACCACUACAACCACAACUGUAACCAUGACUCCAAUGUCUACAGCCCAGCUUAGCCUGGGCAGGCCUGGGGCAGACAAAAGACGAGAAGAGACGCCAGGAUCGGUGGACAAGUCUGGCGGUAAGCGUUCAAGGCGGCAGAAGAAUGGCACAGAGAACAGGGAAAACUCUAAUUAUGGGUUAGACCUCAGUGAGGACGCAGGCUUCGGAACGCCAAAAGAGAAGAAAGCCAAAACCUCGACGUCUUCAUCAAAGAAGAAGAAGAGGUCUAAGGCGAAACAGGAACGGGAGGCGUCACCCGCCGACCUGCCCAUCGACCCAAAUGAACCCACCUACUGCCUAUGCGAGCAAGUGUCAUAUGGAGAGAUGAUUGGCUGCGAUAAUGACGAAUGUCCUAUUGAGUGGUUUCAUUUCUCUUGUGUGGGGCUACACCACAAACCCAAAGGCAAGUGGUACUGUCCGAAAUGUCGAGGCGAGACAGAGAAGACGAUGGACAAAGCUCUGGAGAGGUCCAAAAAGGAGCGGGCAUACAACAGGUAGCUCUUUUUUCCCCCCCACCUCUGCAGACUGCAGUGUGCCCUCCAAAUGACAUUCUUUG